CAGCCUGAUCGGAAUAGGGGGGUCAGCAAAAGCACGUCGAUGAGACACAACUAGAAGCUUUUCCUUUCUUAAGGCUAGUGAGAAAACACGCGUCCCAGAUUUUCGUACGUGAUCACAGUUCCCACCCUUUAUACUGUACGACAGCUCCAUCCAAUCGGAAUACUGUUGCUCCUGCUUUGCCCAAUGCCGCACAUUUGGGAGCGACGAAUCGGAUCCGUCGACUCUGCUUGUGUGGCUACAACGAAGUUUCUUCCUUGUCUACCGGAAUGUUAAAUCUGCAUGUUGAAUGUCUCCGAAAGGCUACCGGCAAAUAAGUAAAUAUGUGACAAUAAAUUGGCUAUUGCAAUAGCAGGGCAGCACUCUCAAAAGUAAAUAUGUAAAUAUGGGAGGUUCUCCAUCAAGCCUGUAUUUUUACAAUUGAUAUAGCUAUCAGUCUCCGUAUAAGCUACUGCUGGAAGCCAGUUGUCAUUUUUUUGGACGGCUGAUAAGUGUUACCGGUGUGCAGAGGCAUUUUAAGGGGCGCUUCUUUCUCUUUGCAGAACUUAUUUUAGUGCAAAAAAGAAACAGCCCUGUUUCGCCGUCUCCCUGUGCAACAGAUCAUCGCGGACAUGUUGAGGGAGGUGCUGUCGUGGUGUUUUCUGUUCUGUCUGGGUCUGUGUGUCCAGGCGCCACUCGUAGUGUCGGUUAAACCAGCGCCCAACGCCGCCCUAACUUCGGUGUGGGGACCUGGACUGGAGGCUAAUGUUGUUCUUCCGGCUCGUUUCUUCUUCAUUCAGGUUGUGGACAACGAGGGGAGAAAUUUUACGGCAUCUCCUGGUGAGAACACCUUUGAAGUGAAAAUUGUCGCUCCGGGUGAGCCUUUCUCUCGGAUCUGGAUUCAAGUACUGGACCGCAGGGAUGGGUCCUUCCUAGUCCGCUACAGAAUGUAUGCCAGCUACUCGUCCCUGCAUGUGGAGGUCUUGCUCAAAGGUGCACACGUGGCCAAGUCACCAUACAUUCUCAAAGGUCCAGUUUACCAUGAUAACUGCGACUGCCCAGAAGCCAGUGCAGAGGCAUGGCUGAAGAACAUGCACUGUCCCCCCUCCUUCCCCCAAAUCCAGAGAGACCUCUCAUACUUCCCCUCUGUCGACCCCGAUCGCAACGCACGGGACAUCCCACGCCGAUUUGGACAGAGGCAAAGUCUCUGCCACUACACCAUCAAAGAUAACCAGGUCUACAUUAAAACACAUGGCGAACACGUAGGCUUCAGGAUCUUCAUGGACGCCUUCCUCCUCUCUCUCACGCGGAAAGUUAAAGUGCCAGACAUAGAGUUUUUUGUGAACCUUGGGGACUGGCCCCUGGAGAAGAAGCGGACUCCAGACGUUCUGCACCCCAUCUUCUCCUGGUGUGGCUCCAAUGACACCAGAGACAUCGUCAUGCCGACCUACGACCUCACUGAGUCUGUACUGGAGACCAUGGGCAGGGUGAGUUUGGACAUGAUGUCGGUGCAGGCCAAUACAGGCCCCCCCUGGGAGGAGAAGAACGGCACGGCCUUCUGGAGGGGCCGUGACAGCCGUAAGGAGAGGCUGGAGCUGGUCAAGCUGGGCCGCGCCCACACGCACCUCAUCGACGCCGCCUUCACCAACUUCUUCUUCUUCGAGCACAACGAGAACCUCUACGGCCCGCUGGUCAAGCACGUUUCCUUCUUCGACUUCUUCAAGUUCAAAUACCAGAUCAAUGUUGACGGCACAGUUGCAGCCUACAGACUGCCGUACCUGCUGGCUGGAGAUAGUGUAGUGUUGAAGCAGGACUCUCCCUACUACGAGCACUUCUACAGAGACCUCCGACCCUGGGAACACUACAUACCCUUCAAGAGUGACCUCAGUGACCUUCUGGACCAAAUUCAAUGGGCCAAAGAGCACGACCAGGAGGCUAAGAAAAUUGCCAUGGCCGGCCAGCAGUUUGCCCGAACACAUCUCAUGGGGGACAGUAUAUUUUGUUACUACUUCAAACUCUUCCAGGAGUAUGCAAAACUCCAGGUCAGUGAAGCAAAGAUUCGGGAGGAGAUGGAACUUGUGGAACAGCCAAAAGAUGACCUGUUCCCCUGCUUCUGCCACAGGAAGAAGGUCAAGGAUGAGCUUUAAUGGGCCGAUAUUCCUUCCAAAUGAUACUAAUAAAGAUAAUUGCAUUUUAUCAGAUUGGAAAUGUAUUGGAUUGUCAAGCCUUGUUUUAAGCACAUUGAUAUAUCAUGUGUACAAUGCUUUUAUUGAAUGUUAGCAUUUGUAUAAUAAAUUGUUUUAUAUUA